GGGUGGCGCUAGAAUGUCAUAAAAUGGUUUGCGUUGUUGAGACGGGCCAUUUUGGCUCAAAAGUAAACUCAUUCGUCUGUGUCCACCUUUUAAUAGCGCUGUGCUUUCUGGGACGGUGGAAGACUGGAUGACCGGCGCUCUUGAGUGCCCUGGAUGAAAACUAAAAAGGGUUCUUUUUUCUUCUCUUUUUGAAGAUGCCGGACGGGGGAAAAUGUGGUAGAACAGAGGGUCCUCUAAAAAGCAAUUUCUGGUCUCCUUAAGGGGUCGCCAGCCAUGGCAGGGAUUAUUAAAAAGCAAAUCUUGAAACAUUUAUCCAGGUUCACCAAGAACCUCUCCCCCGACAAGAUCAACCUGAGCACGCUCAAGGGGGAGGGGCAGCUGUCGAACCUGGAGCUGGACGAGGAGGUGCUGCAGAACAUGCUGGACCUGCCCACCUGGCUGGCCGUCACCCGCGUCUACUGCAACAAGGCCGCCAUCCGAAUACAAUGGACAAAGCUGAAGACCAGCCCCAUCUGCCUGUUCCUGGACAAGGUGGAGGUGGAGAUGAGGACCUGUGAGGAGCCCCGCCCCCCCAAUGGCCCCUCCCCCAUCGCCAUCACCGCUGGCCAGAGUGAGUACGGCUUUGCGGAGAAGGUGGUGGAGGGCAUGUCGGUGGUCAUCAACUCCAUCACCAUCAAAGUGCAGGCGCGGGCCUUCCGCGCGUCCUUCGAGCUCUGGCAGCUGCAGGGAAACAGCCUGAACCCCAAGUGGCAGCGCAGCGACCUCCGCUACACCCGCAUCACCGACCCCAAGAGAGGAGAGGUCCUGACAUUCAAGGAGAUAAACUGGCAGAGCCUGCGCAUCGAGGCGGACGCCAUGGAGAGCGGGGAGCAGGACCUGGGCAGCACCCCCCUCAGGCUCAUCACCAACCAGGGCCGCAUCCGCAUCGCCCUCAAGCGCCGGGUGAAGGACUGCAAUGUGCUGGCGUCCAAGCUGCUGUUCAUCCUGGACGACCUGCUGUGGGUGCUGACCGACUCUCAGCUGAAGGCCGUUAUCCACUACGCCAAGUCCCUGAGCGAGGCCAUGGAGAAGUCCGCUCAGCAGAGGAAGAACAUGGCUGCCGAGUCGCUGCAGACCGCACCCCCGUCCCCUGGGAUACACCCACUCUGGACCGAGCCUCCGCCCCCUCCCAGUGGCACCCCCAGCACUCUCAGCCAGUACUUUGAGCUCCACAAUGUCAAGGAGUCAUCCUACCACACCCACAUAUCCCGUCUGGACCUGCACAUCUGCAACGACAGCUCCUCACUCAACCCAGACGAACCUCAACCGCGGAACGCCCAGGGGGCCAUGCAGCUGACCUUUCGGAAACUGGGCUUCGACUACUACCCCUUCCACCGCCCCGGCGAUGGGUGUCGUCACUGGGAGCGUCACUGUGGGGCGAUGGACCUGCGGGCUCAGUGGGCCAGUAAACUGCUGCAGGAGUUCCAGAAGCGCGUGGAGGCGUCCGGCUUUCCCGGGCCGCACUCGGAAGACCCCUCUGCAGCCAGGGACUCCCCCUCUAAGAGGGCCCAGGAGGGAGAGUCCACGCCGAAAUCCAGCCCCCCUGACCGAGGGCAGACGUCCCGCCGGAGCUCCAACGCCCCUCCCCCGACCUCCAGCCCCCAGCGCAGCCCCUGGAAGAGGCUGCACUCCAGCGUGGUGGUGGUACGAUUGGACGACUUGGACAUCCAUCAAGUGUCCACUGGGGGGCGCCAUAGCAAGAAGACCCAGUCCCUUCUGUCCUGCAACCGCAAGGCCCUCGCAGACAACGUGCCUGCCAUCCACCUGCAGUUUACAGAGUACUACUUCCCCGACAACCCCGGGCUGCCUGUGCCCUGCUCCAACCUGUACGGGCAGCUGAACGGCCUGCAGCUGUGCCUGGACCCGGCCAGCCUGCUGUGGAUGAACCUGUUCUCCCAGGGCCUGCUGCGGACCCUGGAGCAGGUCAAGGCCUUCUACCACCUGCAGGACAGCGGCAAGGGGGAGGAGCAUGUGGACGCACGCGUGGACGCCGCCCAGCUCAAGCUGGUGAUUCCGCUGGAGUCCUCCAUCUUGGACCACCCGGACCGGCCCCAGGCCCUGACCGUCGGCGUCCCCCAGGCCGUCUUCAGCAACACCCGCCACUCCCCCCACGCGUCCCGGGCCGACCUGCAGGGCACCUACCGCUCUUUCUCCUCCCCCUUCUUCCAAGCCCCCGCCCCCUGGCUCUUCCCGCGCGACCAGAGCACCUUCCACCCCCUGCCCCCGGCCUUCCUCCGGCACGCUCUGGACACGGACCCGCCCCCCCUCUCCGAAAAGCGGCUGCCCCGCAGCCAGGACGUCUGGUCCAUCAGCCUGUCCCGUCUGGGGCUCUGCUUCGAGGGGGCCCGCCGAGGCCCCAAGGGGAGGGCCCUGCCCUUCAUUGAGCCCUUCACCAUGUCCGUUUGGAUGUGCCGUCCGGCAGCCUUCGAGCACGGGCCCCUCCCCUCCUCACUCCCGGGCCCCGCCCCCAACCUCAAAAGCUCCAGCAGCUUCAGCAACCACGUGGACUCCUCCCCCGAGAACCACGAAGGCGGGGUCAACAAGUCGAACACCGCCCACAACCUUCACGGCGUGGAGGAGGAGAAGGAGGCGGAGCUAGGGCGAGAAGACUCCGCCCCCUCGGCCUCCGUCCAUAUCCUGGCCCAGGCCAUCACUCCGGUCAAACUGUGGCUCAACCACUACCAGUAUGUGGCGCUGCUGCGGAUGAAGGACUCCCUGGCGAGGCUGGGGGCGGAGCUUGCGCGGGACACCCAGUGGGCGGGCGGGAAGCAGGUGGAGCCGCCCACCGUGUGUGUGGCGCUCAUGGUUGACACGGCGGAGGCGGGGCUACUGCUGCCCCCUGUAGCUGGCGAGCCCGAGCAGGAGGCCCGUUCCCCGGGGGAGACGGACAGCCCCAGCCUGUCCGACUCGGAGGGCUCCUCCACCAGGGAGCCCGCCGCCGGGGACGGGCCGCUCGAGGACGGCGGGGUCGCCAACGGCAACACCCCCUCCGCGCAGGAGCAGGAGCCGGACGGGCCGGUGGAGGAGGCCUGCGAGGCGAUGGAGGAGGCCCUGGAGGGGGAGGAGGGUCAGGAGGAGGACUCCCCGCUCCUGUCCCCGCCCCUCUCCCCGGUGACCCGCCCCCUGAAGUCCCGGGACGCGUCCUCCUUCAGCCUGGAGGGGGAGCUGUCCAGUGCGCUGACCGCCACCAAAGACGCCACCAAGGAGGCGCUGACGGCCUCGCUGGACCUCACCAAAGGGGCCCUGUCCAUCACUAAAGACGCCUUCAGCAUGCUGAGCCGCGGCUCCGCUAUGAGCAAGAUCUUCACCCCCCAGGCCAGGGAGCAGCCCCAGGACCCCGCCCCCGGGAACCUGCGUCUGCAGUCCAUGAAGCAGUCCCCCUCCCAGCACUCCUUCGACAGCGCCAUCAUGGACGGCAGCCUGCCCGACGACGGGCUCUCCAUGGACAGCGACGCCAGCGACAACUUCAUCAUCCUCGACUCCGAGUCGGGCCUGGAGUCCAUGCGCCCAGAGAGCGCCCCCUCCCUGCCAGCCGACCCGUCUGGCAGCGCCAGCCCCGCCCCGGGCACGGAGGGCGGGUCCUCGGCCGACCUGAGCAGCUCCCUGUCCCAGAGCAUGGAGGACGUGGCCCAGGACACGGCCUCUGUAUUGCUGCUGCAGCUCAGUGUGGUGGGCUGCGUUGUUGACAUGAAGGGGGAGGACCUGGUGGUGGCGCUAGAGGCCCAGGACCUGAUGCCCAAACAGCUGGGCAACCAGAGAGUGUCUGAGCUGCUGGGGGGCGGGACCCUGGUUGGGUCCUCCCCACACCGGUCCCCAACCCCAGCCCCAGCCCCGUGGAAGGGCCCCCGGGAGGCCCCGGCGAUGAGCGUGCGGAUGGAGAUGGGCCCCUCGGCGGGCCGCCACUCCCCGCUGGCGGAGUCCGCGGGCUUCCUGGAGCUGCGCGUGCUGGGCUGCCAGGCCCAGCUACUGGCCUCCACCCUCUCCAGCCUGGGGCCCUUCCUGGAGGACGAGCUGAGCGCCGACGUGCAGCCCAUGAGGCUUCGCCUGGACCGCACCCGCAUCACGCUCAAGGACGAUGGGCCCAAGAUCUACCCCACCGCCCCCCAGCCCGUCCCCGUCAUCUUCGCCCUGGACCAGGUGGUGCUGGAGCGUGCCGACGAUGGGGUCUUCUGGCUCAGGGCCAACAGAAGUGUGACGCCAAAGCACUGCGAUACAUCAGGUGAGGAGGACACUGCGAACCAAGCUGAGGCAUGCUGGGAGCAAUCCAAUUGUGCUGACUCCGCCCCCCAACUGGACAACAAGGCCCAGUCCCUGGAAUCCCAGCUCUCCGACGCUCAGGCCGAUCUCGCCCGAGCCCUCUCAGAGAGAGAGCGCCUCCUGCUGGAGAUCCGCAAGUACGACCCACUGUUUAACCUCUGACCUCCCGCCCUUU